AGUACUAAAAUACUAGUAGUACAUUUGACGAACCCUGGCAGCCAUAGCCUGGCACCCCUGUCACAAGCUCGGCAGGACUGGGGUCUCGGAAUGCCGAACAUUCCAAUCAGCCAGUCAUCAGGCACUUGCGCCAACCUCGGCACGCGCUAAUCUCGGAUAAUGUCAUUACGUGACGUUCUGCCGCGUCAAGCCGGCUGGCUACUCAAGUCUGCUUCUGACAUGUGCUAUCUGUCCAAAAAUCAGAGUGCUAGCUACGUAGCAGGUAGCAGUGGAAAGAGGACCCAAAGAGACUCUUGAGCAUCCUAACUUCAAAGCGACGCAGAGUGUCAGGUGCGGCAAUCUCAUCUCCCAGUCUGCCUGGGGGCUAGAAAUUCAUCCAGCGAUCCGACUCACUAAUACGCCAGCUCUACUCGCCCAAUUAUGACGGUAGUCACGAAACAAGCACCUCGUCAGUCACUGACAGUGGUGGAUAACCGGACCAACAAGGUCUAUGAGGUCCCUAUAAAGAAUAACUCUGUCCUGGCAACAGACUUCAAGAAGAUCAAGGCCGAGCAGGGCGGCGACCGGAAAGAAGAUGAGACGGACCAAGGCUUGCGCAUGUAUGACCCGGCGUACAUGAAUACGGCCGUGGUGCAGAGCAAAAUCACCUAUAUCAAUGGGCAGGAAGGCAUCCUCCGUUAUCGCGGUUAUCCUAUUGAGCAGCUUGUCAAGAAGAGUAACUUCCUAGAGACAGCCUUCCUCCUCAUCUACGGAGAGCUGCCGACGACAUCGCAGUACGAGAACUGGCAAAACGAAGUCAUGCACCACAACUACAUCCACUCAGAUAUAGAGGGCAUGUUCAAAUCGUUCCGGUACGACUCGCAUCCUAUGUCAAUGUUGACUUCAGCGUUUGCUACGAUGGGCGCUUUUGCCCCAGAGGCCAACCCCUCGCUUGCGGGACAGAAGCUCUACACCAACGCGGCAUCUGGCGACCUCGCGUCGCUACAGAUCCUCGACAAACAGAUUCUCCGUAUCAUCGGAAAGGCGCCGACUUUAGCUGCAGCAUCUUACCGAAUGCGACAAGGCCGGCCCUUCAACCGCCCAGCACAGGGCUUGUCCUAUACCGGAAACUUCCUGUAUCUACUGGAUCACCUCUCCGGCGCCGAAUAUAGGCCGCACCCCGUGCUAGAAAAGGCCCUCGAUGCCCUUUUCAUUAUCCAUGCCGACCACGAGGUCAACUGUUCAACCGCGACCGUUCUGCAAGUUGGCAGCUCCCUGGUAGACCCAUUUAGCGUAGUGGCAGCGGGGUGCGCUGCGCUGUACGGCCCCUCACACGGUGGCGCGUCAGAGAGCGCGAUUCGUAUGCUCAUGGAGAUAGGAUCGCCUGAUAAUGUACCGGCAUUCAUGCAGAAGGUUGAGCGUCGAGAACGCGUUCUCGUCGGUUUCGGCCACCGUGUCUAUAAGAACGUAGACCCCCGAUCAACAGCAAUCCGCGCACUAGCCGACGAAGUGUUCCGUGUCACAGGGCGCAACAAGCUCCUGGAUACGGCGCUCGCGCUGGCAGAUUAUGCGCGUAAGAGCGAGUUCAUGCGCAGCCGAAAUCUCUACCCCAACGUCGACUUCUAUUCGGGUCUCAUUUAUCAAGCGAUGGGCUUCCCACUAGAUUUCUACCCAGUCCUCUUUGCCGUGCCAAGGUGCGUCGGGUGGCUGGCCCACUGGCGUCAGAUGAUGCUCAACCCAUCUGGUGUUAAGAUAUGGCGGCCCCGACAGAUAUACCUCGGAGAAGGCGAACGAAACUACGUUGAGGCUGGGCAACGUGACGAGAAGAAAGAUGCGACAGUUUUUGAUGCGCCUUCUCCAAUUCUACACGGAGACGAUAGUAAAAGGAAUGCGAUGGCCACCUAUAAGGACGAGACAGGAAGGGCUUGGGGCAGGGCAAAGCUAUGAUCUAGUUUGAUAUCUGUUUGUUUCUUUAUACUCUUCGAUAGAUUUCAUUUUCUGCCACUUGGCUAUAUGGAUAUUUUCUUAUGGGAGUAACGGAGGGGUUGCCAUCUUUUCAUCAGUUUGCUGUCCCCACGAGGAAUUCACUUAGGCCAGGACAACUGAGCAGCUAUUAAGUCGUAUCAAGUAUCGAUCUAACCUAUCUCAAUUGACCCAGAAGAAGAAUUGCUUGUGGGCCUA